AUGCUGCUUAGUGAGCGGAUAAUGCCUUCUCCGCAGCGGGAAACGGCGAUGGAUCGCCUGUUAAACUCCCUUGAGGACCGUGGAACAGAUCUGGAACAACAGGCCAGAGAUGAAAAGGAGGGUGCGGCGCCGGUGCCGAAAGUGGCGCGACUUCUCCGAGAUGGGCAGGGCAAGUUCAUGUAUAUUGGGGAUUCUGCGAGUCUCUCAUUCUUGCAAAGUGUUCGUCGUGUAGUGUCUUCCGCUAUCGGUCGUUGCGAAUUCACUGAAGACAAUUCGAGACACUCUAUGCUCGAGGCAUUCCAAAGUAACCCGACCACUCAGCCCGGAUCUCUCGUCCCACCGCCCAGCAAUGAAGAGGCACAGCGACUGGCACAACAAUAUGUUCUUGCGACUAACCCUUUGCUGGACCUGUUUGAUCUAGAAGAAUUUCACCCAAGAUUGGCCAGCUGGGUCGGCAAUCCUACUGGAGACGAAGACACCGUCAGCUCCAUCUUCUACCUCGUUCUUGCCAUUGGUGCCCAAGUCUCCGACAUCAACCAAAUCCAGGCUGAGCAGUACUUUAGCAGUGGACGUCAAUUGGCAUUUGCCGCAUUCCAAGAGACGCCGAGUAUUCACACUAUCCAGUCUUACAUCUUGGUAUCGAUGUACAUGCUCGGCGCAUGCAGGCGAAAUGGCGCUUUUAUGAACCUGGGAAUUGCUCUCCGCGCUGCCUACGCUGUCGGUAUCCAUCGGAAGGACGCAAAUGCACUCUUCUGCGGUCGAGAACGGCGUGCAAGAGAGCGAGUAUGGAAGAGUCUCCGCAUGAUGGACCUGUUCCUCAGUGCCUCUCUAGGCCGUCCACCAGCAACGUCAGACUACGACCAUGAUUUGCGCGAAGAUCUAGCCGCAACUGGUGACGAGCAGAGAAAUUUCACUCCCGAUCAACAGCUUUCGGCCGCGGUCAUCUCCUUAUGCAGGAUUUUCGAACGCAUUCUCACCGACGUCUAUAUGAAGCAAGUCAUCUCGAUCAAUGUUGCUGAAGCCAUCUCAAACCAACACCGCGCUUGGGUGCGCACUCUACCAUCAGUACUCAAAUUACAAACUGGACCACUUGAUAAUAUGACCAUGGGAGACAGUCUCGCCGCGGCCCAUGUUUUUGGAUCUUAUUAUUGGUCCAUCAUUCUCCUCACACGGCCAUUCCUCGUUUACAGUGUGGCACAAUAUGUCAAGAGCAAAGCUGACCUAAAUGUCUCAUCUGAUCAAAGGAACGGCAGCUCCCGUAUUUCUCUUUUCGCCGAUGCAUGUGUCUACUCUGCCCUCCGAGGCCUCGACAAAGUGGAUGACCUCAGCCGCUUCGAAUCUCUCCCACGACGUCUACCCUUUUUGCUCAACUCAGUCUUCAAUUCUGCCGUCGUUCUCGGCGCUGCCUUCUUUGCCGAUUAUGAUUAUCUGCUCCCUCUCGAAGAGGGCAUGAACAAAGCCGAGCGGUUCCUUGGACUAUUCGUUCCGCACGACCCUCACGCCUGCCGAUUCUUCCAAAUCGUCAAGUAUCUUCGUGGCGCUGUGACCGAAUACAUCCACCGCCGUAACCGUCAAUGGAUGGAACGCCGAAGCAUGCAGGUGGAUCAACUAUUCGGCCAGGUUGGCGGUGGCAGUGAGCCCGGAUCUCUCCCCUCAAGCUCAGUUCAAGACAUUGUCCAGUCCAGUCCGCAGAGCCAAGUGCAUCACCAUUCCCCAGCAGUCCCAUCUCCUACAUCGCCCGGUAAACUCGGCGGGAUGACUUCGUCAUCUUUUCUUGCCGCACGAUCACAGCCUUCCUCCGGGCCUCAACCACCAGGCAAUGAUGUCUGGGAUGCACUCUGUGGCGGGUUAGAUGGAGGGGCCAUGUCCUAUGAUGCUGCUAUCUCGGCGUUGACCACCUCUGGUAUUCCAGUCGGCUGCUCCCCUGGCGGUACUGUUCCUUCCGGGCAGCCACCGCUCUCCGGCGGUCCUUCUCCGCUUUCUGAUGUGAUGUUUCCCGAGAACGGACUGCUGUAUAUGGCCGAAGAUCUCCCAGUAUUCGGCAUCUGGGAUGAUGCUGGGCCUUCCAUCUGA